AUGGCGGCGGUCCUGGAUUCUUUGGCAUCCUAUGUCGCUGACAUGGUCAUCGAGAUGGCCAAAGAAGAGGUGGCCAUGCUGAUUGGAGUGUCCGGUGAGAUAGAAAAUCUGGGCAUCAAGCUUAGGGACCUCAAGAACUUCCUUGCAGAUGCCGAUAGGAGGAACAUCACUGAUGACAGCGUGCAGGGGUGGGUGGAGGAACUGAAGUGUGCCAUCCGCAUCAAGACACUUAACCAAAAGUUGGAUGACAUCUUCAAGAGGGGUAGUAGUUUCAAUUUCAUCAAGCUAGAAGCCUACCAGGACCGGAUGGUGACCCGUUCUCAAGCUGUUGACCGCAAGAUGGAUCCGUUGUUGGAGCGGUCGGGUGUGGUUGGGGAGAAGAUUGAAGAUGACACGAGAGCGCUUGUGAAGGUGCUCACAAAGGAAGUAGCUGAUGAUAGUGAUAGCAUCAUGAUUGUUGCCAUCGUUGGUGUCGGUGGAAUUGGUAAGACUACCCUCAGCAAGAAGGUCUUCAACGACGAGGCAAUCCAAGGCAAAUUCGCCAAGAAGAUAUGGCUGAGCAUCACACAGGUGUUCAAUGAGGUUGAGUUGCUGAGGACGGCCAUCACAGCUGCCAAUGGAAACCUGCCUGGCUCUGGGGGUGGGUCUCGGGAUAAAGCGUUGCUUGUGCCAGCUCUUGCUGAUGCCGUCAGGGACAAGAAGAUUUUUCUUGUGUUGGAUGACAUGUGGGGAACCAGCGAAUGGAACAACUUGCUCAUGGCUCCCUUUAGCCAUGCUGCACCCAAUAGUCGAAUCCUUGUCACCACAAGACAUGAGACUGUUGCCCGAGGCAUGAAAGCCAAGCAUCCCUACCACCAUGUUGGCAAAUUAGGGCCUGAAAAUGCAUGGACCUUGCUGAAGAAGCAGGUACUCGCUACAGAGAAAAGUGAACCUGCGAUUGAUAUGCUAAAGGAUAUUGGACUGGAAAUUAUAGAAAAAUGUGAUGGGUUACCACUUGCAAUAAAACCUAAGAAGACAAUUAUACAUGACGUACAAUUGGUCGGCAUGUGGAUUGGUGAAGGAUUUGUUCAUGGAGACUCUGAUAGAUUGGAAGAACUAGGAAUUGAGUACCAUAAAGAGCUAAUAUUGAGGAUCCUUAUAGAGCCAGAUACAUCAUAUGCCGGUCAAUAUAUUUGCAACAUGCAUGAUCUCAAACACUUGAGGUAUUUGGCACUAAGGGAAUGCAAUGAUAUAAAGAGCUUGCCAGAGAACAUUCACAAAAUGAAGUUCUUGCAGCACAUUAGUGUUGCUGGUUGUCAGAAUCUUGUGAAACUUCCGGAUACCAUUGUAAAGUUACAAGGACUGAGAUAUCUUGAACUUUACGGCACAUCUGUAAGUAGACUUUGGGGGUUCCAUACCCACAUGGAUGGUGAUUGGUGUAGUUUGGAAGAGCUCCAGCCGCUUUCCCAGCUUGGGGAAAUUGGAUUAGCAAGUCUGGAGAAUGUAUCCGCUGCCUCAUUUGCCACAAAGGCAAGGCUGAGUGAAAAGGUCUAUCUUUCCUGCAUGGCCUUAUACUGUAAGAGCAGGCUAGGCGAUGAUGGAUUAGUGAAGGAAGAAGUUUCUGAGCAGGAUCAAGGAACAAUUAUGGAGGUAUUUGAUGAGCUCUAUCCUCCGCCUUAUGUGCAAGAUAUUCGCAUCCAAGGAUAUUUCGGGCGUCAGCUCCCAAAAUGGAUGAUGUCGACAGCAACGACGCCCCUCAAUAGCUUGAGGAUACUAAUAUUUGAAGACCUGGCUUGUUGCAUCCAACUCCCUAAUGGCUUGUGUCAGCUCCCAUAUCUGGAUUACCUGGAGGUCAACCGUGCUCCGGCAAUCAAGCGUGUCGGUCCUGAAUUCUUGCAGCCCUAUAGUCACCAUCACCAUGCUUCAUUUCAGGCGCUAGCUGCAUUUCCGAGACUGAACAAGAUGAUCUUUAGGAAAAUGGUGGAAUGGGAGGAGUGGGAUUGGGAGGAGGACAUGCAAGCUAUGCCUGUCUUGGAGGAGCUUAUAAUCCAUGAUUGUAAACGGCGUAUUCCUCUCGGCCUCGUGUCCCAUGCAAGGGCUUUGAAAAAGCUAACCAUAUGGUCCAUCAAGUGCCUCCACUCUCUAGAGAACUUCGCCUCCGUAGUUGAGCUCGACCUGUAUGACUUACCAGAGCUGACUAGCAUCUCCAAUUUGCCCAAAUUGCAAAAGCUUGCCAUCAACUGCUGCCCAAAGCUUGAGUCGCUGCAGGAGAUGACUGUACUCCGGAGACUCGUGCUGACAGUUUUCUAUAAUGAGAAACGACUUCCAUUGUUCAUGCAAACUGUAAAGCCCAGUCAUUUGCUUCUGGACUGCAGCCCAGAGGUACUCGCCUCCAUGGCUGUGGGAAAAUCUGGCGUUGAGUGGGACAUGUUCAGCCAUAUCCAGCAUGUCGAGGCUUAUGCAAACGACGAAGGCACUGAAAAGAGAUGGCACCUAUUUUACACAAGAGAGCCCUACAAAAUGGAGACAAAUGUGGAGGCAAAUCAGCAGGAGGCAUAUGAAGACGACAGAGAAGACGCAAAUGAAGAUGAGAAAAGGGACGGCGAUGAAGAGGACGGAGAUGACGAAGCUUGGACACGAAUCUGCCCUGCACAUAUUUGCUCACUGUCUGUUCUCUACUGGGAUCUGGGAUUCUUCCUCACCAGAUUCAACUUCCCUUUCCCUCUGAUGCCGAAUGGUAACACCGACAGUUUGGUCCAGUGGUGGUUGCUGGCACUGACUCAGAUUCCUCUGCAGUGUCACAAGCAUCUCUGUGCGGUGAUCAUGGUUGUCUGCGGCGAAUCUGGAUAG